UCAGUUUCUCAAGGGAAGUUGAGCUGAGGACCAGGGGACUGUGAAGACAGGGGGAAUCGUACUUCAGUAGCCUGUUAAGAGGGAAGAGAACUCAGCCACGAUGAGGAGCUUUCUGGUGGCCCUGGUACUGGCUGCCUUCUGUUCAGCAGCAGCAGCUUCAGCAAGACAGAGGACACGUUUCGCGCGGUAUCGCUCCUGGAACUCGCGGAUGUACCCCGUAUGGAAGGAUGGCGACGCCCGGUACAGAGACUGCUGGACUGGGGGCGAGGUGACUUUUGAAGUCAAGAACGAUGCGCCCACUCUGACUGGUGCCAAGGCCACCUUCAGUAUUGACCUCCGCUUCCCUACGAACCAGACGGUGCUGCCUGACGGACAGGUGGUCUGGGCACGGAACUGCACUGUUAACGGAACGCGCUACCAGGAGGGUCAGGCGGUCUACCCAGACAGAAACUCCUCCACCCAGUGGAACGGCGUGUUUCCCGACGGCACCCCGUUCACCAGGGUCUCCGACAAGAAGCCCCACUAUGUGUACGUGUGGAAGACGUGGGGACGCUACUGGCAGGUGGCAGACGGCCCCUCUUCCUCCCUCACCAUCGGCACGGACAACAUUCCCCUUGGCUCCUACUCCAUGGAGCUGGUCAUCUACCACUGCCGCGGCAAAGAGAAGUUUGUUCCCUUAGGCUAUGCCUCCACACAGUUCUCCAUCACAGAUCAGAUCCCCUUUGCCGUGACGCUCACGCAGGUCAAUGACGUCAAUCAGGCUGACCAGAGCUUCGUCCAGAACCGGGCUAUCGCCUUCAGCAUCAGGCUGCACGACCCCAGCCAGUACCUCGCCGACUCCGAUGUCACCUUCAAUUGGGACUUUGGGGACAACAGCGGCACCCUGAUCUCGCGGGAGCCGGCCGUCACCCACACCUACAUCACGCCUGGAACGUUCAGGCCCCAGGUGGUCCUGCAGGCCGUGAUCCCCAACGCUGGCUGUGCCACGCCCCCCGUCCCCCUCACCGAGGCCAACCCCACCCCUGCCCUGCCCACCUCGGAGCCCCCCGUCCCGACAGCUGAGCAAGGAACCACCGCUGCUCCUGCUGCCCCGACAACAAACCCUCCUGCGCCUGCUGAUGACAUCAACCUGGCGGCCUCAGUUCAACCAGCAGAAACUGAGGGAGAGGCUGACCCAGCUGCCGAGGCUGACCCAGCUGCAGAGGCUGACCCAGCUGCCGAGGCUGACCCAGCUGCCGAGGCUGACCCAGCUGCAGAGGCUGACCCGGCUGCCGAGGCUGACCCAGCUGCAGAGGCUGACCCAGCUGCAGAAGCUGACCCAGCUGCAGAGGCUGACCCAGCUGCAGAAGACCCAGCUGCCGAGGCUGACCCAGCUGCAGAGGCUGACCCAGCUGCCGAGGCUGACCCAGCUGCAGAGGCUGACCCAGCUGCAGAGGCUGACCCAGCUGCAGAGGCUGACCCAGCUGCCGAGGCUGACCCGGCUGCAGAAGCUGACCCAGAUGCAGAAGACCCAGCUGUAGAAGCUGACCCAGCUGCAGAGGCUGACCCAGCUGUAGAAGCUGACCCAGCUGCCGAGGCUGACCCAGCUGUAGAGGCUGACCCAGCUGCAGAAGACCCAGCCGUGGCUGAUGAGCCCGCGGCCGCUGAAGAGGUGCCGACCAUCGAUGCUGCAGCCUCCGUGGCUCCGGAUGCAGUGCCUCUGGAUGAGACUGCCGUCGUGGCGCCUGCCGCAGCGGCGGCCACAGAGGCGGCCCAGGCGGAGACCGCUGCCCUCCUCACCCCCGCCGCCACGGUCCCUGCAGCUGCAGCCGAGGCAGCGGAGGCCGCCGCCACAGAGGGAGAGCCCGAGGAGGCCGAGCCGCAGACCGACCAGGUUCCCGUGGUGGUGGCCAAGCGGCAGGCCCCGGAGAUGCCGGCGGACGGCGGCUGCGCCAUCUACCGCUACGGCUCCUUCUCCACCGCCCUCAACAUCGUCCAGGGCAUUGAGAGCGUGGAGAUUGUGCAGGUGGCAAACGUGGUGAUGACGGCGGAGGUGGAGCAGAAUGCCGUGGACCUCACCGUCACCUGCCAGGGCAGUAUGCCGGACGAGGUGUGCACCGUCGUGUCGGACGCGGACUGCGCCACGCCCCUGCAGACGGUGUGCAACGCGGUCACGCCCUCGCCGGAGUGCCAGAUGAUCCUGCGGCAGUUCUUCAACGAAUCCGGCGUCUUCUGCGUCAACGUGUCCUUGACCAACGACGUCAGCCUGGCUGUCACCAGCGCCAGGGUCAGCGUGACCGUGGGAUCCAGCUCUACCUCUGGGGGCACUGUGGCGCUGGUGCUGGGGAUGCUGCUCAUGGCCGGUGUAGUGGGGACAAUAGCUUUGGCCUAUAAGCGUUUCAAGCAGUAUCGCCCUCUGAGAGAGGACCAAGCAGGCACCUCGGUGAACGGCCUCGGAAGGACCUCUAUGCCCAUGCUGCUGUGGAACCUGCUGAGCCGUCAGACACCUGGGGAGAGCAGACCACUGCUGCAAGGCAGAGUGGUGUGAACUGGACCAGAAAGCGCACAUACACACACACACACACAGGCGCACACACAGACACAGACACAGACACAGACACACACACAGGCGCACACACACACACACACACACACACACACACACAGUCUCAUUCGCACAAUUUUCCAACAAAAUUUAAAGAAUAUCUACAUUCUGUCUAAUGGCAUGGUAUCAACUGUAAACAUGACCAAACAAUAAUCUAAAUUGUAUUUAGAUUGUUGAUGGGAAAAAUAAACAAAAAUUGUGCAACAUUUUGGCUUGUUUAUGGCAGCACUUCUAGAACCUUCUGGAAAAACAUUAUGAACAAAUUCAAAAAUGCUUAACCCACUAAUUGUGUUUUAUUUUGAAACCAGAAGGAUGCUUACAAUAACUACACAGGUUUGUCUGUCUAUUCCCCUGCACCCAAUUCUUUGUCCUGCUUUUACCCGCUGCUCUAUGGACUAACCAGAUGGCCAAUCAUCAUGUUUCAAUUUAAUGCUUCUUAUGAAUAUUUGUGAAGGGGCGUGGCCCAGGACAACACCAUGGCAAUACAUAUUCUGUCCUUGGGCACACCCAUUUGUGAAUAGCCAUAUACUGUAGCAUAGCACCAAAAAGCCCUGUUACCAACAGGGACCUCCUGUAAUCUGUGGAUAGAGAGGACAGAGAGAAGGCAGGAGCAGAUCAUCUGGUUUGUGUAUAGAAUCCACGGUCUGCACUUUACCUGCCUGGCUUUGCUUUGCCUUGUGCCUUCACUAUCUGUACUGUUAUUACAUACUUUAUUAUUGUGAUAACGGUACAACUCUACAGAGAGAAAUGUCUCUGGUGAUGUCAUUGUUUUUACCUCAAAAGUAAACUGAGGGGUGUAUUCAAGGUCAAGAGAAGGUCCCUCGAGCUUUGUCUGUCCGUGCUUAGACUCUUUUUAAAAUAUUUUUUCUAUUCUGUCCUUUACUGACAUCUCCAAGGCUCACCCUCAUUUUUCCGCAUGGUCUGAGAACACUUUUCUGAGGACAUUGCAUCUAAACCGAUGAACACAUUCACACUGUAACUGCAAAACACUCUCUUUAGUUUGCCCUGUUUGAAAAUGUGGAAGAACCACAUUUAUUUCACAGGGAACUGUAUAUUGAAGUCACUGAUAAAUGUAUCAUAAAUGUAUCUAUAGAGUAUGUAUAUUGUAUACACAGUUCAGUGUUAAAUCAACUCUUACUGUACAGUGCCAUGAAAAAGUCUUUGCCCUCUUCCCAAUUGAUUCUAUUAUUGCAUAUUUGGGAUAUUUUCUGGUUUCAGAUCUUAAGAAAAAAUUGUAAUAUUAGAUUAAAGGGAACCUGAGUGAACACAAAACACGUUUUUAAAAUAAUUAUUUCAUAUAUUAAUGAUAAAAGUUUUUAAACACCCAAAUUACCCAUGUGAAAAAGCAAUUGGCCCCUUUAACUUAAUAACUGGUUGCACCACCUUUAGCAGCAAUAACUGUGACCCAACGCUUCCAAUAACUUGAUAUUAGUCUUUUACAUCGCUGUGGGGAAAAUUUUAGCCCAUUCUUUGCAGAAGUGCUUUAAUUCAGACAAAUUGGUAGGUUUUGGAGCAUAAACUGCUAAUUUCAGGUUUUCAAAGCAUCCUCAGAUCAUCACUCUAGCACCAGCAUGUUUGACAGUUGGUAUGUUUUUCUUACUGUCUAAUGCUGUAUUUGCUUUACGCCAGACAUAAUGGGACCCGUGUCAUCCAAAAAGCUCCAGUUUUGACUCAUCUGUCCCAAAAGGCUUGGGGAUCAUCCUGGCGCCGUUUUUGUUGCAAAUGUGAGACUAGCAUUGAUGCUUCUCUUGGUUAGCAGUGGUUUCCACCUUGCUACUCUCCCAUGAAUUACAUUUUUGCCCAGUCUCUUUCUUAAUGUGGGGUCAUGAACACUGGCCUUAGGUGAGGCUAGAGAGAGCUGCAGUUCUUUGGAUGUCAUUCUGUGAUCUUUUGUGACUUCCUGGAUGAGUUUUUGCUGCACCCUUGAAGAAGUUUUUGAAGACCAUCCACUGCGAAGAUUCACCACUAUCUCAAGUGUUCUCCAUUUGAAGAUAAUGGCUCUUGCAGUGGUUUGGUGAGGUCCCUGAGCCUUAGAAAUGGCUUUGUAACCCUUUCUAGACUGACAUAUUUCAACAACUUUUUAACUCAUCUCUUCUGGAAUUUUCUUUGAUCAUGGCAUAGUGUGGUUAGAGAAACCUUGUGGUGACUACUUCACUCUGCUGGUAAGGUUCAAUAUGAGUGAGGUUUAGAUUCAACAGGGCUGGCUGCAAACAAACCAGUCUGUUCAAUGAAUAUGAAUAUAAUCAUCAAUUACAUUUGGUUAAUUGGUUAAUUGAGUAACUAAGGGGGCAAUUACUAUUUCACAUGGGUGAUAUUGGUGUUUGAAAACAUAUUUCAUUAAAUAAAUGAAAUUAUAAUUUUUAAUAAAGGUGUUUUGUGUUUACUCAGUU